CCGUUGUUCGCUCACAAAACCCAUCUCGCCAACGCGAAGAAAGCAGCGCUGUCAAAAAUCGUUCGGGAGUUCGGUUCAGUUGUUGGGGAAGUGAAAAAUUUACAGAGUGAGUUUUUCCUCGGAUCGGAUGUGUGCAAUGGUUAGACUCGCGGCGGAUAUCGAAAAUUUCCUGCAGUGAUUUCUGGCGUUUUCAGGGCCUGCUCGAGAACCUUCUGUUGGUCGGUGCAAGUGGAAGUGGUUCCAAAAUAACUGCUGCCUGGAGCUUGAUUAAUUAAUACAGCGAACUUUCGACAAAUCUUUGAACACAUAAGUUAAUCCCACCACACCAUCACUAAAACUCUGAAGAAGUUUACAUUGGAAAAGCAAAAACGAAAAACCAGCGGGUGCUUCCGAUGCCAAGAGGCCCCUUUAUUUGGUAGUGAGAAUUUCUGCUUCGUUGCCACUGAUGGCAGUGUAUUGAGUUGGUUGUAAACAAAAAAUGUGAUUAUGAACUAAUGGUGAAAAAGUGCGAGUUUCAAGUGAGAAUAAUUAUUACCCAUGUGGAUUUACGAAAACUGAACCACUGAACCGUGGAUUCAUCAUCUUUACCCGCUUCGAGUAUCGAAUAUUCUACGGCUGAAUCGCACCGUGGGGUAGCCAGUAACUGUGUCGGAGCGGGGUGCGGACCACACCAAACGGACGUCAAGCUGGAUAAUCCAAUCGUAAACCGGUACCUCAGCGUGGCCGACGACGAGUUCGUGUGGGCGGUAAAUCAGGACAUUCGGGAGUUCAUCGAGAAGUCGAACCAAAAAAGUGUACUCAUCUUCCCACCGGUGAACAACUAUCGGCGCUUCCUGAUCCACAAGGUGUGCGAAAGUCUCGCCACGAACCAUGAGCUGGUAACAUUUUCGAUCGGCGUCGGUAGCGAACGGCGCACUGUGGUCUGCUAUCGUCAUCAGCUGCUGCGGGACGUCAAGGCGACUUCGACUAAAAGCUUCGAAGAAUCAACCGACAAUGCACCCCUAAGCUGGCGAAGUACAACCGUUGGACCGGCGCUUGUGGGAGCGAGCAAUAGCUCCUCGGCGAGCAGUGCUCCCAACAGCUGUGGUAGUGUAGGGAAUCACACUCAUUGUAGUGCUUGGCCGAACCAAGGUAGUGUUAGCAGUGGUGGGGCCGCGAGUGGAACUGCAAGUACGAAUACUGGUGCUAGUGUCAAGAAACGUGUUAAACGUGACCUCACGUCAACCGCAACGGUUAAUGCUGGGGGUAGCUGUGAUAGCAAUAGCAGAAUGGGUGUAGAAGCAGCAACUGCUAAUCACCAUCAUCAUCACCACCAUGGCCAUUAUUUUGGUGGUGGCAACGAUUGUGGAUCUCUUAAAGGUACGCCUUUGGCGUCAUCUCCACCGUCAGCCGCGAAGUUUUCCGCCGUAGGGAUCUACAGGCCACCAGCCGCUCGUAAGGCUUUAAAAUUUUCCGAUAGUGCAAUCCAGCUUGCACCGCCAGCAGCCGGCGAAAAUCCAAACGACUAUAAUCAUUACCACCAUCCUGUACAGCCUCCAUCCGAUUCGGUACCGCAAGGAAGCGCUACAAACCCUACACCCGAGGAAAGUGCUGUUGAUCCACCCCCGAAACCGCCCCCAACGGCAGCGGCGUCUGUCGUUGAAUCGAAGUCACCUUACAAGGCUACUACCGGCAGUUUAAGUAGGGCACCAAGACAAGACGAAACAGGUGAUGAUAGUACUGUUACUAAAAUCGAUAGCGGCACACCGCCAACAAAAGUGAUAACUACUGGCAAAAGUAAAUUGCCGGCAGCAGAUGUAGCAACUACUUCGUCAAUAGAAGCCGACGAUAACAAUAAUAACAGUAGCACAACCGAACAACCACCUGUUGCUGCGGCUGUAACUAGUCAAGGAAAUCAAACCCCAAGCAGCAGUACUACUACCAGUAGGCCUGCUCGUCCGCAUCGGGAACGACGACCGGAUCGCGCCGUCUACAUUCCGCGAGCUCGUCGAAGUCUAACUACCCCGCCGGUAACUGCUGUAAACCAGCAAACAACCACCAGUGCUUCCACUUGCGCAAACAGCGCGUCAACCACCACUACUUCACCGUCGGUGUCAACUGUCGGAAGUCUGUCGGUUUUCGCAACUCCACCCAGUUCUCCUCCGAAGGCAUCAGCUAGGAAAGAGCAACCCCACACUGAGAAGGAACGCAAAUCCAAGGCUAAAGACAAACCACCGCCAGCAGACAUUGGAUUACCAAACACUGUGAUAGAGAAUCAUCAAAAGCUCGAACCCAUUGUCCCAGUUGAUAGCAGAUGUUUUGUCAGUUUUAAAAAUCGUAGUCAUAGCGUAGAGGAGAACGUUCCAAACAACGGAACCACUCAAGAAGUAGUGAAACUAAAAAAGCAAAAGUCGGAAGAGGUUCCUAGAGAGAACGAAGAUCAAGACUGUGAUUUUGCGCCCAAAUCUGAACGCAAAAAGGAGAGGAAAGAACUGCGCCAAAACGGUUGCAUUUUAGCGGAACUGAACGGAAGUACAAAUCCCAAAGUAGUAGAAAAUAUGAACAAGUCAAAUAAAAGCCGUUCGAAGCAGACCGGCAGUAAUGCCACUGCAUUGAUUAUUAAUGAUAAAGUCGGUGCGGGUGUUACUGAUAAGAUCGAUAAGGAUGAGAAGGAACUUAGGAAGGCUUCUCAGGAGAUUAACCGUAGCAAUAGGAGAAUUAUGAAGCAAACGUUUGCAUCUGAUGUGUUGGAAAUAGCUGAACAUGAAUCUGCCGAAAAGGAUGUAUCCACGGAUAAGGCCAACGGUCAGUCGAAACAGGAUUCAGAACGGUUAGUCAACCCAGAAGAAGACGAUUGGGAAUCGAUGUAUGAUGAUAAUGGAGAUUGUUUGAACCCGAAGCUAAUGGAAGAGUUGACAUCGGCGGUGGGGAAGGUUUCAAUUGAAGUCCCUCGAACAGACUAUAAGGUGUAUCAAACGAAGCAAGCCGUCCUGAACGAGGAAGAAUUACACGUACUGGAGGUGUCCAACUUCCCGGUAGAGUUCAAAACACAAGAUCUCAUGAUGCUUUUCUCACAGUACAAAGAGUCAGGGUUUGAUAUUAAAUGGGUAGAUGACACGCACGCCCUGGCGGUAUUCAGUAGUUCUAAAAUAGCGGCCGAAGUUCUUGCCAAUGGUCACACAUUUGUUAAGCUGAAACCCCUAGCCGAGGCGACAGUGGAAUCUCGCUCCAAGGCACGGAAGUGCUCCAGUUCGCUGCAACCGUACCGUCCACGUCCCGAAACAUGUGCCGCUUUGGCACGAAGACUCGUGACGACGGCCCUCGGUGUCCGCCUGAAGACUGCCCCCGAAGAACGCGAAAACGAAAAACGCGUCCUUCGGGAAGCCAAGGAAAGGAAAAUGCUCGCUGCCAAACAACGGGAAGAAAUCUGGGAAAGCUAAAACCCGCACAUGUGUGCACCCCAGAUCAGCUCCAAGGGAGGUGGUACAGUCGCUCGUUUAUAAUCGCUGCCAUACGUUAUGUGAGUUUAGGAUUUUAAUGACAUAUGCAUGCCGCUCCAUGUCAAGUGUAGGUAUGUCUUCAUAGCUUCUGGCAGUGGUCGUGAUUUUUGGUUGCGCUGCAGAACUGUUUCCCGUUGUAACUCUUCCAGCAAAUGUUAGGAUUGUUUUAGUAUCCUAUGGUUAUUAAGUAUAUAAAAGUGUAAAUGUAUACCUAUAAUAUAUUUUAACAACAUCAAGGUAAUCAUUUAAACGAACAGAUAAAAGUAUGAAUAUACCUAUUUAAUAAUGACGGCGUUGUGUAGAAGGAAAAUGUUGUGUAACUGAAUUAAGCGAACAACGAGAAUGUUUAUUUACAGGUUUUUAUCGACAUGCGAAUUUAAUAAAAAGAAACGCAUUACUUUAUUGUAAAUAAAACAAUUUCUCAAAAUGAUACAAAAAAUAAAUUUUAUGGAAUUGAA